AAGAAAAUAACCUAUUUUUUACCAAAAUAAAAAUUGCUUGAAAUAAUUUAAAUCAUGAAUACAUUGUUAAUUCAACGGUUAAUCCCGAAAAUGCCCCUUAGGUACAUUAUACGAAGUGCCAGCACCGAUGCCGAUGUUCCGAAUUUCGAUAUGGAGAAUCCGUUCGAAAAAGAAAAACCACAAUGUAUUUUAUGCAAACACAAGAUAGUGGUCGAUUACAAAAACAUCAGGCUGUUAUCGCAAUUUCAAUCGUCUUACACAGGCCAAAUUUACGGCAGGCACAUCACCGGAUUGUGCAAAAAACAACAGGAAUUAUUGGAAACUGAAAUCAAGAAGGCCCAAAACUCCGGCAUGAUGGGCUUUUACACCAAAGAACCAAUAUUCUUACAGGAUCCUGAAUUAUACGACGUAGAAAGACCAAUCAGACCUCACCGAUUUUAAUUUGUCACAUACCAUAGUAGCACAAAUAAAUUUAUUUAUACGUUAUAAAAUAGUUUAAAAUCCAACAUAUCGCCGCUAACAGAGAAUUCGAAAACACGUCUACAUCGUCUCCAAACAGUCUUUAUCGAUCUUCGAUAGAAUCACAUUCAACCCCUCGUGCUUGAACGUUUCCUGGAACUUCUUUAAGAAGCCCCUUUCCGAGUCGCUGUGAUUGCACAGUAUCACGUUAAUCCCGUUUUGAGUAGCCUCUAACACUUCGUGGUGCAGCAUUUCCCCCGUUAAGUACAAAUCGGCCAGUAUUCCACUCAGAACCGAAGCUCCGGAACCAGCGCAAAUCGCCACAGUGGAUAUCGG